GCGAACGGCGGCGGGCGGCGGCGGGAGCGGGGCUGGCGCCGCCGGAGCAGACGUGCCGCAGGGCGGGGGACACGGCUGCCACCACGGAGCCCGUCAGCGCCAACACCGCGGCGGCCACCGCCGCUUCUCGGGCCGCGGGCGCCGGGGACCAGGCAACCUCGCUGCCCCCGCCCAGGAUGCAGCGCAGGAAGAGGAACGCGGGCAGUAGCUCGGAUGGAACAGAGGACUCGGAUUUCUCCACGGAUCCCGAGCACACGGACAGCUCCGAGAGCGAUGGCACGUCCCGGAGAUCCGCCCGCGUCACCCGCUCCUCGGCCAGGCUCAGCCAGAGCUCCCAGGACUCCAGCCCCGUGCGGAACCCGCCGGCGUUCGGGCCGGACGAGCCCGUGUACUCCACGCGGAGGGUGACGCGCAGCCAGCAGCAGCCAGCCCCCGUCACCCCCAAGAAAUACCCGCUGAGACAGACGCGCUCCUCCGGCUCCGAGACCGAGCAGGCCGUGGAUUUCUCAGACAGAGACACCAAAAACGCGGCGGAUCACGACGAGUCCCCGCCCCGCACCCCCACCGGGAACGCGCCGUCCUCGGAGUCCGACAUCGACAUCUCCAGCCCCAACGUGUCCCACGACGAGAGCAUCGCCAAGGACAUGUCCAUGAAGGACUCGGGCAGUGACCUGUCCCACCGGCCCAAGCGCCGCCGCUUCCACGAGAGCUACAACUUCAACAUGAAAUGUCCCACUCCUGGCUGCAACUCCCUAGGACAUCUGACUGGGAAACACGAGCGCCACUUCUCCAUCUCGGGGUGCCCUCUCUACCACAACCUCUCGGCAGAUGAGUGCAAGGUGCGAGCGCAGAGCCGGGACAAGCAGAUUGAGGAGCGAAUGUUGGCCCACAGGCAGGACGACAACAACAGGCACGCCACCAGGCACCAGGCUCCCACAGAGAGGCAGCUGAGGUACAAAGAGAAGGUGGCUGAGCUCAGGAAGAAGAGGAACUCGGGGCUGAGCAAGGAGCAGAAGGAGAAAUACAUGGAGCACAGGCAGACCUACGGCAACACCAGGGAGCCUCUCCUGGAGAACCUGACCAGCGAGUACGACCUGGAGCUGUUCCGGAGGGCUCAGGCCCGGGCGUCCGAGGACCUGGAGAAGCUGAGGCUGCAGGGGCAGAUCACUGAGGGCAGCAACAUGAUCAAGACCAUCGCGUUUGGGCGCUACGAGCUGGACACGUGGUACCACUCGCCCUACCCCGAGGAGUACGCGCGCCUCGGCCGCCUCUACAUGUGCGAGUUCUGCCUCAAGUACAUGAAGAGCCAGACCAUCCUGCGCAGGCACAUGGCAAAGUGUGUCUGGAAGCACCCCCCCGGUGAUGAAAUCUACCGCAAGGGCUCCAUCUCCGUGUUCGAGGUGGACGGGAAGAAGAACAAGAUCUACUGUCAGAACCUGUGUCUGCUGGCAAAGCUUUUCCUGGACCACAAAACCCUUUAUUAUGAUGUUGAACCCUUCCUCUUCUACGUCAUGACCGAGGCUGACAACACUGGCUGCCACCUGAUCGGGUAUUUCUCCAAGGAGAAGAAUUCCUUCCUCAACUACAACGUGUCCUGCAUCCUGACCAUGCCCCAGUACAUGAGACAAGGCUAUGGCAAAAUGCUCAUCGACUUCAGCUAUUUGCUGUCGAAAGUAGAAGAAAAGGUUGGCUCCCCAGAACGUCCCCUGUCUGACCUGGGCCUGAUCAGCUACAGGAGCUACUGGAAGGAGGUUCUGCUGCGCUACCUGCACAACUUCCAGGGCAAGGAGAUCUCCAUCAAAGAGAUCAGCCAGGAGACCGCAGUGAACCCCGUGGACAUCGUGAGCACCCUGCAGGCCCUGCAGAUGCUCAAGUACUGGAAGGGCAAACACCUGGUCCUCAAACGACAGGAUCUGAUUGAUGAGUGGAUUGCCAAGGAGGCCAAGAGGUCCAACAGCAACAAGACCAUGGAUCCCAGCUGCCUGAAGUGGACCCCUCCCAAGGGCACCUAAGUGUCCCCGCCAGCGUCCCCAGCGUAGAGGUGCCGUAGGGAUCCGUGUCGUGCCGUGCUGUGGUGACUGGCUGCUGCAGUGUCCCCAGAGCAGCUCACCCCAGGGCUGGCCUGGCCUGGCCCUGUGUCCCCACAGUUCUGAGGAACUCGGAUGUUUCGGCCUCAGUGAGGCCGUGAGGACUGAAAGUGUCUCGGAGCCCCAGGAAGCUCCGGCCCGAGGAGCUCUGAUUGCUGGCCCUGUCCCUGGCCCUGCUGGCCCUGCUGGCCCUGCUGGCCCUGCUCUCCUGCUCCAGGGGCCUGUCCCACCAUCCCCUGUCCCUCCUGCAGCUUCCCUGAGUCCCAGGGCCGCUCCUGGCUCUUGGACAAGGUCUGGGAGUGCUUCUCUGGGGCAGGCCUGGCUUGCCCAGUGACAUCAGCAUCUGGAACUGCUCCUGUCCCAUUCCGUGUCUGAAAUAGGUUUAGUGGGAUAAUAUCCCCCUCUUCCAGCAGUGUUCCAUAGGAUCCAGCAGAUCUCCUCUUAGUUCCUGUUGUCCAGCCAGAAUUGCACCUCCUGCCCCUGAGGGAGUCACUGGAGCAGGGUGUUCCUGUCACCCCCACAGCCCUGCUGGAAGCACCUCUGGAUUAGAAUUCCCAUUUUUCCUGGUGUGUAUCUCGUGGAAUUACUGAGUUCCUGUACAUAAACAACCUGCUGAGUGUAUCCCCCUGGAGAUGUUUUUCCCAGAGCAGCCUUCCUGGAAUUGCAGGUCCCUUUUUUUUUGGAGUUUUUUCCUCUCCGGGCCAAAGGAAUCCAAACUUUGGCCUUUUCCAAAGAGCCACAGGAACUCCCAGCACCAAUUCCAGGAGCUGCUGGGCUGCUGUGCUCCAGGGAGGGAUGGAUUCCCUGGCAGAGCAAUGAAAGCUUCGAUUCCUCUCUCCCAUCAGCAGAAAUAUCCCGGAAUGGCUUCCCAGUAAAACCAGUGUCCUUGUGCCACCAGUGCCUGUGUGGCUCCAGUGUCACUGACAGAGGGGACAGUCCUGGGAAAGGGCUGAAUUCCCUGAUCCCAGGAGUAAAUUCCCUGAUCCCACUGCUGAUUCCCUCGAUCCCGGUGAUUCCUGAUGGAACAGGGUGUGAAAUGAAGCGCUCCUGGGAAGGUGGGAGCCGUUCCCCAUUAACCACUGCCCCACCCUGACUGGAAAAGUUCCCUCCUGCUCCUCUGGUUCCCUGCCUUUCUCCUGGAAAACCAAACCACCCCCAGACCCUCAGUCCUCGCUGUGGACCUCGUGGGCAUUACUGACUCCUGCUGUCCUUGCUCCUGGCUCGUCCCGAGCUGCAGAUUCCCAGGAGAUCUCCCAGCAGUGGCUUUGGAGCAGGGAGGGAGGGAGGGAAGCCGUUCCCUGCUCCCCGUUCCUGUGCCGUGUGGGAUGUGCUGUUCCUGUACCCGCUCCUCAAUAAAAGCAUGUUCCCUGCUCCA